AUGCAGGUUAUAUCUUCCUUUGGGCGUAACACAGAAGACAGAGUGCAAGCUGAUGUACUCAGGCAAGAAGUCAAUUUUCUCAGAGGAGAGCUGUCUAACGGGCUACUUGGCUUGGGAGAACUGCAGAGGGAUCUUUCACAUUUACUACAGAGAGUGGAUACAGCAAUCGAAGCUUCACGAGAAGUACCCAGCAACUUCGAUGAUACUUCUAAGAAUGUGAAACAUCCAACUGAGUUUUAUGAUACCACUGCGACAGGCCAACUAGACUAUGCCUUGGAAAGUAUGGGUGGUUCUAUAGUAUCUACACGCGAUACCAAGGAUUACAGGUCAUCAUGGUUUGGAACAUGUGAACACCCAGUACAACGAAUCAUUCAGGCCUGUGUCGUGCCUGGUGACUGCUGGGCAUUUGAAGGCUCAGGUGCUGUUGUGAUUCAAAUAACUGGUAAGGUCCACAUCACCGCAGUGUCUAUGGAGCAUGCUUCACGUGACGUGUUACCUGCAGGAGCAUUAUGGAGCGCACCAAAGGAUUUCUCUGUAUGGGGAUUGUAUAGCCUUAAUGAUGAAGGACACUUUUUUGGAAACUUCACCUACGAUGUUGACGGCAGCCCUCUACAGUACUUUCCAAUUCAGGAAGUGUCACCAUAUCCUUUUCAUUUAAUAGAGCUCAGGAUUCAUAGCAAUCACGGUAACCCAACGUACACCUGCCUAUAUCGCUUCAGGGUACACGGACGUAAGGAUAAUCAGGGAGCUGCUCAAACGUCAUCAAACUGA